AUGACCAUUCGCGAGCAAAAUGCGUAUCUUACUAACUUACCCUAUAAAAGGUCUACAAUUGACCAGUCGCGAAAAAAUGCUUGUUUUUCCUUUUUCGAAUUUCCUUCGCAAAUUUUGUCCGUAAGUUAUUAUUUAACCUACAAGAGCAUACUAGAAUACUGUCUCAGCCAAGAGCCAGGAAAUUCUCAAUUUUCUGGUCAGUCCACUGAGUACUCCGGAAAAGAAAAGACUGAGAAAGAGGAAGGAAGAAAAACUGGAACGUCGGAAGUGUCAAAUUCGCUGAUUUCGAGAAAAUUUCCAGCCGAUAACUUCUGUCAGAGUUUGCUAACCGAGAUUCUACAGCGUCUUCUCCUCCCCCACUUGGACCGUCAUCGAAAAAGACAAAAGCUGACAGAAGUAGAAGCUUCGACACCGUUCCAGCCAAUACGAUGA